CGUCAUUUGCCUUCUCAGUAAUCAACCUUCUACAUUCAUAGGCUUCUUCGCGGUCUUCUCUUGCUAUUGACUCUUUCCUUGGUCUUUAGCCCUCACCAUCAGGCCCACGCCUUCUCCUGUCCAAGGACCCUCCGCCAACAUGUUCAACCCUAAUUUCUACAACGAAGACGACCCGAUGGCCAUGUACCAAUCUCUACGGCGCGGCGGCGCCCCCAGACGCUUCGACGAGUACUUUCGCUGCUACCCCAUUGCCAUGCUCCCCGGCCCAGAGCGCGAAGAGGCGAACCACGGCGGCAAGGUGUUCCUUCCUCCAAGCGCUCUCGACAAGCUUACAAGGCUACAUAUCACAUAUCCCAUGCUUUUCGAGCUCAUCAAUGGAAAGCAGGGCCAUAAGAAGACACAUGCUGGUGUGCUGGAGUUUAUAGCGGAGGAGGGCAAGAUCUAUCUGCCGUAUUGGUUGAUGGAGACGCUCUUGCUCGAGCCUGGUGACCUUCUACAAGUCAAGUCGACCGAUCUUCCACUCGGAACCUUCAUCAAGCUCCAACCCCAAGACCCUGCCUUCCUAGAGAUCUCAGAUCCCAAGGCAGUCCUCGAGAACGCAUUCCGAAACUUCUCGUGCCUUACGACCGGCGAUAUCUUCACCUUUGCAUACAACGAUAAUGUAUACAGCAUAGCUGUACUGGAGACAAAGCCAGAACAUGCCAGCAAAGCCAUUUGCACGCUAGAAACGGAUCUGUCAGUCGACUUCGCACCGCCUGUAGACUAUCAAGAACCACAGAAGACAAGCGGGACAAGCACUCCGCGAAGUGGGAAGGGCGUCAUGGCUGGAAAAGGGGGCACAUUGCAUUCACACGGCACCAUGGCUCAAGCGAUCAACUACGCCGCUAUUGCUCCCUCAUCAACAACUGCCGCUGCCGGAGCCAAAGCCACUUCCUCAAACUUCUUCACCACAGGCCACAAGCUUUCCAAGAAAGGCAGCAAGGCUCCAACUCCACAAGCUUCUACGCCCGUGGCUGGACAGUCCACAAAUCCACCACCAACUAUACGACGCACCAACGGUCCGCAACCGCUCAGGUUAGCUCCUGGCAAGCUCUUCUUCGGAUACGGGAUCAAGCCAGUCAAGGGCAAAGAGGAGGAGGGUGAGCAGAAGGAGUCGAAACAUUUUGAGGGCGCAGGUCAGACGCUGCGGAAGAAGAAGGGUGACAAAUAGUGCUAAAGAAAGGGUACUAGGGGCAGUUUUGAUUUUCCACAUGUUCGAAGCAUUUCACGGCGCUGAAACAAGAGCUGGACGGAGGACAUGGCGUGCGGCGUUUACAACAGAUACCUCCGGACUGUGUUUGCAUCGAUCAUACUUGGGCUAAGCCCAAAAACCUUGAUCACUGCGAUACAUUGACCAAAAAGAUUGUGACUCCCUGAUUUAUCCAGAUUGACUCGUCGUAACUAUGCUAAUAACAUAUAGCGCAUCUCGUUAGAGGGUAUCACAUUAGAUUUUAAGAUGCUCACAAACCAAGG